AUGAAAAAAGAAUUAUUUGUAUUGAUAUUUAAUAAUAUUGUUUUAAGUCAAAAGAUAUUCAAUGAUGUUGUCUCUAUUGUUAAUAUGAAUGGAUCACUUAAACAUUUCAAGUGGAACAAAGUAUUGAAGCGACCAGGAGUGAUGGCUGCCAACGGUUAUUUCGAUCAACUGAAAACAUUUUUGGAGACGGACGGUAUGCAUCAAUACACAUUCAAGAGAAGAGUGAGUAUUUCGGUUUUGGUUGACGCAGUCAGAAGUGGUAGUUUGGAAAUCAUAGACUAUCUACUCGAUCAAUAUAGAAUGACUGAAAGAAUCGAGUUGGCAUCUUGGCGUGAAGGUUUCUCUUUGUACUGUUUGGAUACUAUGAUGUCGGUUGCUGCAUCUCAUCAAAGGAUCGAUGUUGUUCAAUUUCUUAUUGACCGAUUUCCAAACUAUCGGUAUUGUUAUCGAAAAAUUUUUGCGUCUCUAGUGUCAAGCAAUCGACCUGACCUUGAAAUGGUGGAAUUCAUUGCCAAUAAAAAGGAUGAUUGUGAAGUCUAUAAAAGAGAAUGUUGCCAGGACAUGUUAGUUCAUAACAAUGUGUUAAAUAGGGCUGCACACCGUGGUAAUUUGGAGGUGAUCCGGUGGUUGUUAGCUAAUAGAUCUGAGGAUUUGGAUCAAUCAACCAUGCUCUCUUAUGCAGUAAUGGGAAAGCAAAUCGAUGUCAUUCGUUACUUGGUUGCCGAACAUGGUGAACCAAAAGACAAGAAUAAUGAAGAGUAUAUUAAUGAUGCACUCUAUUCUGAAGAUGCAUUUGAUAUGUUCAAAUUAUUGUACGAUUUGGGUUGUGCUUGUAGCGAAGAUAUCAUGGAUCGUGCUGCUGCUUCUGGUAGUAUGAAAGUUCUCAAAUGGCUACAUGAGAAUACCACUUUCAAGUGUACUACUAAUGCAAUAGACAAUGCAGCGUAUAAAAAUCGAUUGGAUAUUGUGAAAUGGUUGCAUGAAAAUAGAAGUGAAGGUUGUACUGUUGAAGCUAUGAAUAAAGCUGUUGAUAAAGGCAACCUGGAAUUGGUUCAAUGGCUGCAUGACAAUAGGACAGAAGGAUGUAGUGAUGAAGCAUGGAGAUCGGCUAUUCAGAAUGGUGAUUUGUCGAUGGUCAAAUGGCUUCAUGAAAAUAGGACAGAGAGAUAUUCAGCUGCUAAUAUUAUGGAUGAAAUAGCUCUUGCUGGACAAUCGGAGAUUUUAGAAUGGUUCGAACAGAAUACCAGUGAGCGAUGUUCAAACACAGUGUUGGAACAAGUUGGAGAUAUUGGGGUCAUAAAAUAUCUACAUGAGAGGAAUGAAGGUGAAGCUAAUAGAUUUGGAUUCUCUACUGAUACAAUGGAUAAUACUUGGUCUCUUGUUACUAUAAAAUGGUUACAUGAAAAUCGAUCAGAAGGUUGUACUGAAAAAGCAUACAUGCAUGCAAUUGAUCGUGAUAAUGUUAAAAUUGAUGACAUUAUGCACAUCGAUGUACCAUUGACUGAAACUAAAGAUAUAAGUAAAACCAAAUUUCAGAAUAAAAAGUUAUAUUUCCAAAAUUUUACGGCCACCACCCUGUACGAGUUCCUGGUCCUGCCAUUUGGAAUGUCGGAAGCACCUGCUGUCUUUAACCGUUUCGUUAAGGAAAUAUAA